AUGAAGUCAGUAACAUUUGAUGAAAAUGUACACGUUAAAACGAUGCUCAAAGUAGUCAGAUUAAUACAACACUGGUCUUAUGGUGUACUCGUAUGGGAACUGUUAACCCGAGGACUGACACCAUAUCCUAAUGUUUCCAAUUGGGAAAUUACAAACUAUUUAAAACAUGGCUACCGUUUGCCGAAACCACCGAAUUGUCCGCAAAUAGUUUAUACAAAUGUAUUGAUGCGCUGUUGGUCUGAUGAUCCGCUACUGAGACCAACAUUUGCUGAACUAGUCGUUAGUUUUGAAACAAUAAUAGAAAUAUUGGUAAAUAAUUCACAAGAAUCAGUAAAUAUCGACAACACUUAUAUUAAUUAUCCCAUUGAUAGCAGCGAUUUAACUGUUAAUUAA